GAGAGAGAGAUAUGGGUGAGGUGACUUAUAUGGACGAAGGAGAUUUAGAAGCAAUAGUCAGAGGUUACUUAGGCUCCGGAGACGCCUUUUCUGGGGAAAGCUCCGGUGGGUUUUCACCUCCGUUUUGCCUUCCGAUUGAGACGGCUAGUUUCUAUGAACCGGAGAUGGAAACAACCGGUUUAGACGAACUUGGUGAACUCUACAAACCUUUUUACCCUUUCGCCUCACAAACAAUCCUCACAAGCUCCGUCUCUGUCCCCGGAGAUUCAAGAAGUUUCCGAGAUGAUAAAAAACAACGAACACAUGGUUGUCUUCAAUCUAACGGAUCAAGAGUUGAUCAUAUCCGAAUCCCAGUAUCCAAAUCGAAGAAGAGCAAGAAGAAUCAACUAAAGAGAGUUGUUGAGCAAGUGAAGGAAGAAAAUCUGUUGUCGGAUGCAUGGGCAUGGCGUAAAUACGGGCAGAAACCCAUCAAAGGAUCUCCAUACCCAAGGAGUUAUUACAGGUGCAGCAGCUCAAAGGGGUGUUUGGCAAGAAAACAAGUCGAAAGAAAUCCUCAGAACCCGGAAAAGUUCACCAUAACGUAUACAAAUGAACACAACCAUGAGUUACCAACCCGGAGAAACUCAUUAGCCGGUUCGACUCGAGCCAAAUCUUCUCAAACCAAACCGGCCGUAACCAAAAAGUCCGUAAAGCAAGUGGUUUCUUCUCCCACAAGUAACCCCAUGAUCACAUCCACUGAUGUAUCUUCUGUUGCGGUUCAAGAUAUGCGAGUUGCAGAAACGAGUACCUACCAAAUAACCGUAGAAACCAAGGGCACGAGUAACACUUUACCAUCGGAUUUGUUGUCUGGGACGGGAACUUUUCCGACUUGUACCGGUGACUUUGAUGAACUACUGAGUAGCCAUGAGUUCCUCAAUGGGUACUUAUGGAAUUACUAAAGAACAGUAGGUGUAUGUAUAUUCAAACUUAUAUUAUAGUUGCAUUGCGGGCAUUGAGAAAAAUGUAUAUCUAGGAGAUUUGAGUGUCGUAGUUUUCGUCUUGUUUCCAGCUUGACCUGAAAAGUAACCAAAUAUAGUUCAUUUUAAUUGUCCUAAUAAGCUUACGACAAAAA